AUGAUGAUUGAAAUCCAAGCAAAUGACAGACUCGGUAAAAAAAUAAGGGUCAAGUGUUUACCAACAGAUACCAUUGGCGACUUGAAAAAAGUACUUGGAGCACAGAUCGGAACUCCAUAUGAAAAGAUAAUUUUGAGGAAAGGACAUCAAAUAUACAAAGAUCAUAUUACAUUAGAUGAUUACGAAGUUCAUGAUGGGUUUAAUUUUGAAUUGUACUAUGGGUAA